ACAACCUUCUGCCUGGAGCAUCCUUCUGCAGGAACAAUGGCCUUGGUGAAAAAUCAGACUUGCAUCUCCCACUUCAUCCUCCUGGGACUCUUCAACCACACACCACUGCACCUCCUUCUCUUUUCCACCAUCAUGGUCAUGUUUCUGGUGGCCCUCUUUGGCAACGGGCUCAUGAUCUUCCUCAUCAACACUGACUCCCGUCUACACAGCCCCAUGUACUUCUUCCUCAGCUGGCUGUCACUCAUGGACCUCAUGCUCAUCUCCACCAUUGUACCACGGAUGGCCAUCGACUAUCUCCUGGGCCAUGGCUCCAUCUCCUUCACAGGCUGUGGGCUCCAGAUCCUCUUCUUUGUCACCUUGCUGGGGGAUGAGUGCUUCCUGCUGGCUUUCAUGGCCUAUGAUCGCUAUGUGGCCAUCAGCAACCCACUGAGGUACUCAGUGAUCAUGAACCGCCGAGUCUGCUGGCUCAUGGUGGCAUUGUGUUGGCUCUCUGGUCUGGUGGAUGGGUUAAUUCAAGCCAUCUACACCCUGAGCUUUCCCUACUGUGGUUCUCAGGAGAUCGACCACUUCUUCUGUGACAUCCCUGCAGUGCUCAAGCUGGCCUGUGCUGACACUUCUCUCUAUGAAACUAUGAUCUAUGUGUGCUGUGUCCUUAUGCUGCUUCUGCCCUUCUCUAUUAUCUCCAUCUCCUACCUGUUGAUCCUGAUAACCGUGCUCCGCAUGCAUUCUGCUGAAGGUCAGAAAAAGGCCUUUGCUACCUGUUCGUCCCACAUGGCAGUUGUGUCUCUCUUCUAUGGGGCUGCCAUGAUUGCUUACAUGCAGCCCCAGACCUACCACUCCUCCAAGCAGGACAAGGUGGUCUCAGCCUUCUAUACCAUGAUUACCCCUAUGCUCAACCCACUCAUCUACAGCCUGAGGAACAAGGAAGUGGCUGGUGCUCUCAAGAAACUCCUGGGGAGGUGCUGGGAGAGUGGGAAGGUGACCUCUCUCAGCUGUGUUCCUCUCAAGGAAUCGUCCAUGCUGGGGAAAGGCAUCUUGCUGAAGGCCAAGGUUCUCCUUGGAGAGCUGUCUGAAUCUCAUGACUGGUAAUAUAGGAUAUAAAUGCCUGACUGCCUUGUCUCAGUUUGACCCUGAAGGGACAACCGAGCUCCAGAGCUCCCCAAAUUCAGUCUCCCCAUAGGAUCAUCUGACGAACUGCAGACAACUUCUUCUUGCAUCCAACUUUUCUUCCUUAACCCUCUUCUUUCACCAGAA